GCCUAAAGACCUAGACGAGCGCUUAGGGUAUGGUUUGUGCGCAAAAGAACAAGAUUUCCUAAGAAAGAGAAAGAAAUAUGUGGCAGCUGCCCUCAAGAAGACUCUUCAGCCACAAAAAGAACUGAAGGAUGAUGAGGUACCAGUAAUCGCAAUAAUGACAACUGGUGGUGGAACCAGAUCCUUUACAGCAAUGUAUGGAAGCCUUCUGGGUUUGCAGAAAUUGAAUCUAUUAGAUUGUAUUACAUACCUUACGGGUUUAUCUGGCACAACAUGGACCAUGUGUAAAUUAUAUGAAGAUCCUGACUGGUCACAGAAAUACCUGGAAGAUGCUAUUAACAAAGCCAGAAGACAAGUGACCAAAUCUAAAUUUAACUGUUUUUCCAUUGAUAAACUGAAGUAUUAUUAUGAUGAGCUAAGUCAAAGAAUCAAAGAAGGACAUAGCACUUCCUUUAUAGACCUCUGGGGCCUUGUCAUUGAAUCCAUGUUCCAUGAUGAGAAAGACAAUCACACCCUUUCUGAUCAGUGCAUGGCCGUGAAUGAAGGUCAGAAUCCUUUCCCUAUUUACUUGGCAGUCAACCUAAAAGACAACUACAGUGCUCAAGAUUUUAAAGAAUGGCUAGAAUUCACUCCUUAUGAGGUGGGAAGUAUAAAAUAUGGUGCCUAUAUUCGUUCAGAAGAUUUUGGGAAUGAAUUCUUUGUGGGACGACUGAUGAAGAAGUUCCCAGAAAUUCGGAUCUGCUUCAUGCAAGGUAUGUGGAGCAGCAUAUUUUCUUUGGAUUUAAUCUAUUUCUGGAAUAUAGCUUAUGACUCAGAAGAAUUCUGGUAUAGAUGGACAAGAGACAGAAUACAAGAUAUUGAAAAGCCAUAUGAUUCUCUUCUACCUUCAAAGCCGCAUGAGCUGGACUCUCGCCUACUCACUUACCCAAGCCAGCUUUCCUCUACUUUCCGAGAUGUCUUAACUGGACGCCCAACAAUAGCAGAAUAUCCUAAUUUCCUGAGAGGUUUUCAGUUUCAUGAUGAAUAUUUGAAGAAUGUCCAUUUUUCUGCAUGGAAAGAUUCUGUGCUGGACUCUCGACCGAACCUUCUAAUGGAAACAGCAGAGCAACCUUUAUCUCUGGUGGAUACUGGGUUUUUCAUCAAUACAAGCUACCCACCUCUUUUAAAAUCAGAGAGGAGAGUGGAUGUUAUUCUACAUUUAAAUUAUAGUGGAGGAGCACAGACUUUUAAUCUGGACCAGUUUUCAAAAUACGUCUCUGGGUUGGGGGUCCCAUUUCCCAAGACAGAAGUCAGUGAGGAAGAAAAAAACAACCUGAAGGAGUGUUACGUUUUUGAAGACACAGAAAACACAGCUGCUCCUUUAGUGCUAUUUUUCCCCUUGACCAAUGAUACUUUCAGAGCAUUUGAAGCACCUGGUGUGGAACGCUCAUCUACUAAUAUGGAAGAGGGCAAUGUGGAUAUCUCCAGCUUCUUUUCCCCAUUUGGUACAAGGGAGGUGACCUUCUCAGAAGACAAUUUUGACAAACUGGUGAAAUUAACAGAAUACAACAUCCUCAACAAUGAAAGCAAAAUCAUUGAAGCCUUUCAGGCUGCAGUGCACAGGAAAAAAUAUCAGAAGAACCAGAAAUAA